CCGUUGAACAAAUGUUCAUUUCACAAAAGAACAAAGAAACAUACUAACACUGUUUCAUAUUUCCAUUCAUACGUUCGCCCUAGAAGCAAACAAGAGAGGUUGCUACUGAGACAGUGCUUGAAUCAGCGGUGGCGACAACCGACGAAGGAGCCGAAGGAGAGGCGCGGAACGGUGGUCUUCAGGGCUUUCUGUCGUCGCUGUUCUCCACUCUCGGCGGUGUUUUUAGUUCAACUUUUCAAGAAACGCAGCAAAACAACGUUGUUAUGGCUUCCAUAGCGGAACAACCCAACAAAGGUGAGAUUCGUGAGAACAAGCAGAAGAAUAUGGGUGGUGAAGGAAGAAACAGAAGGGUUCUUCAGGAUAUUGGGAAUCUUGUGGCCAAACAAGGCCAUGUUGGUAUUAAUGUGUCUAAACCUGUUGCAAGGAACUUUCGUGCCCAAUUGUUGGCCAAUGCACAAGACAAGAACAAGAAGUCAAGCACUGAAGUGGAGAAUGCUGCGGUGGUAACAAAGGUGAAGGCAGCUGAGAAGCCUAAAGAAGAACCUGAAGUGAUAGUGAUUAGCUCUGAUGAUGAAACGGAGGAAAAGGAGAAGAAGCAAUAUGUUCCUAAAACAAACAAGGCAAGGGACAAAAAUGCCAAGGCCUUUAGUUCAGUACUCUCUGCUCGAAGCAAGGCUGCUUGUGGACUCCCCAGGGAGCCGGUCUUGAACAUUGAUGCAACUGAUACGGACAAUGAAUUGGCAGCAGCGGAGUAUAUUGAUGAUAUAUAUGAAUUUUACAAAAGUACUGAGAAAGAUGGUUGUGUGCAUGAUUACAUGGGUUCGCAGCCAGAUAUUAAUGCCAAGAUGAGAUCAAUCCUUGUGGACUGGUUGAUAGAAGUCCAUAGAAAAUUUGAGCUCAUGCCAGAAACUCUCUACUUGACCCUAAACAUUGUUGAUCGGUUCCUGUCUGUGAAGGCCGUGCCUAGAAGGGAACUUCAGCUUGUUGGCAUCAGCUCCAUGCUGCUAGCCUCAAAAUAUGAAGAGAUAUGGGCACCAGAGGUUAAUGACUUUGUGUGCAUAUCAGACAAUGCUUAUGUCAGUGAACAAGUGCUGUUGAUGGAGAAAACAAUCCUUAGGAAGCUUGAGUGGUACUUAACGGUUCCCACACCGUAUGUCUUCUUGGUUCGAUAUAUCAAAGCCUCAACUCCAUCUGAUAAAGAGACGGAAUAUAUGGUGUUUUUCCUUGCUGAGCUUGCCAUGAUGCACUAUCCUACCGUAGUCUUGCACUGCCCUUCUUUGAUUGCUGCUUCUGCUGUGCUUGUGGCUCGAUGUACUCUUCAAAGGACUCCUUUCUGGACAAGCACUUUGAAGCAUUACACAGGCUACUCUGAGGAGCAACUGAGGGAUUGCGCCAAAACCCUGAUCAACCUUCAUGCCACUGCUCCAGAAAGUAAGCUCAGGGCAGUUUACAAGAAAUACAGUAGCUCAGAUUGCUCCUCUGUUGCUCUUCAUCCUCCAGCAAAGAACUUGACCGAACUGUCUUAAACAUUCUAGUUCAUGUAGAGGGUUGUUUUUAAUGUGUGGGGAGAUCAUGGCUGUUAUGAUCUAUGGCUUUUUAUUCAUUGAUAUUUUUUAGUAUUCGUUUGUAUGUUCUAGAGUGAGACGAAAGUUUGCUUUUUUGGGUGCUGGGAAAUUGCUUAAGGCCUCAAAGCAGAGAUUGAUGAUCUUUUUCUCUUUUUUCAUAGCAGAGUUUUGCUGCUACUAAUGAUAUCGGGUGACUUUUAUCAAUUA